AUGGCUGAAGCAGAUAGUUCGAUAGAUACAUCUCCAUCCGAUGCCCAGCCAUCCUCCGCGUUACCGAAUGGAAGCAACACAGGCCUACAUCCUACUAGCCCGACGACGCCUCGCCUGAAUACCCAGCAAGUGCUUGAAUACCUCCGCCAGCGUGGAUUCAAACGAGCGGAGCAAGCGUUGUUGGAAGAUACUGGAAAGACACAGAACUUAGAUGAGCUCGUGAAACAGAACCUCCCAGAAGAGAGUACUGCGCCUGUUAAAAUUGAUCCCGAACAAGCCGGAAAGGAUGCGGCAGUCAUUGCAGCCCUCCGUUCGCGAGGACGGGAUGAAGCUGUUGUCUUGGAUCCUGCAGAGCGUGCAGAGGCCUUUAGACAACUGGAGUCUUGGGUAGAUGGAUCAUUGGAUAUUUAUAGGCAUGAAUUCCGACCUCUACUCUUCCCUGUGUAUUGUCAUUUCUAUUUAGACCUGGUCUCAGAUGGAUAUAAAACCCUUGCUAUUCAAUUCGCAAAACAGCACUCUCCCUCUCUCGCAUCGCAACACCAAACAACCAUUCACCAUUUGUCUACACUCCUUUUACCAGCACAUGUCAAAUCUGAUGAGCUCGCUACUCGUUUUCGAACUGAAAAAUAUGUUGUACGGAUGACGCGGUCGGGUUUCGGACUUUUGCUGGGAUGGUUGACUGAGGGAGUGGGCGGAGAGGCACCAGGCGCGGGCGAGGGAUUCGGAGGAGAUAGGAGUAGGAGGGCACGUAUGGCAGUAAUGCACGUUAUCAACGCGCAUCUACAGUUUGAUUUAACCACUGCCGCUGCAACGUCUGUCUCUCCCCUCACCCUUGAAGAAUCUACUGGAUUAAUCUCUUCACUGAUUCCUACCCCUCCAAAUGCCGAUGGAGCUGCAUCCCGGACCUCAGCCUUUCAUAUGGCACAAAACCCACUUAAACUCGGCCCUGCGCCACUUUCUCAACCUCUUCAAGAGGAAACUGAGCGUAUUCUUAGUGAAGAAGGGGUUCAACAGCGCCCUGUAACUAGUGUCCCUGGUCUUGUUUCUCCGGCCCAAGGAGAUUUAUUACCACAACCCCCAACAUUCCGAAUGGCAGACGUGAAGCGCGAGGUAGAAAAAGUCAGAGACGCGAGAAAGAGGAUACGAUUAGAUCCAAAUGUGCUUGGACCUGAUUCUGGUGAAGCUGUGGGGAUUGGCGGAGUUGAGAGGUUUUCGGCUGCGCAACGAAGCGGUGCUUUGCCAAGUGUGUGUGCAUUUACGGUACACGAUGCAAUGGAUGGAAUGACUUGUGCUGGUUUCUCGCAAGAUUCAACGCUUAUGUCCGUCGGAUUUUCAGAAAGCUAUAUCAGGUUAUGGAAUCUCAAAGGGGAGAAGCUGAGAGGAAUGAGAAGUGACUUUCAGGUCACAGGCGUGAAAGAUGCGUCUUCUCUUAAGCGUCUCCGGGAAAAGCAGGGUACAUCCACUCGCAAACUCAUCGCUCAUUCUGGUCCAGUCUACACCACAGCCUUCGAUAUUGCUUCUCCUACACCGCGCUUCCUUCUGUCCUGCUCUGCCGACACAACAACGCGCCUCUGGUCACUUGACACACUCACGAAUGUGUCGGUGUAUCGCGGACACCAAGCGCCUGUGUGGGAUGUUCAAUGGGCUGGAGUUUCGGGAGGAUGGUUUGCAACUGGCUCGAGAGACAGGACAGCUAGGUUAUGGAGUACCGAGAGGACCUCACCGUUAAGGGUCUAUGCAGGUCACCUAAGCGAUGUUGAUUGUGUGCGUUUCCACCCCAAUGGCCUUUAUCUUGCUACAGGUUCCACUGAUUGGACAUGUCGGCUCUGGGAUGUGCAAAAGGGUUCAUGCGUGAGGGUUUUCAUAGGACACCAGGGAGCUGUUACAAGCAUGGCAAUGAGCCCAGAUGGUCGAUACCUCGCGAGUGCAGCCGAGGACCUAUCGAUUAACCUCUGGGAUCUUUCUUCUGGUAAACGAAUCAAAAAGAUGACAGGGCAUACGGGAGCAAUACACUCGCUCACGUUCAGUGCCGAGUCGAAUGUGCUGGUAUCUGGAGGUGGCGAUUGGACUGUACGAGUUUGGGAUGUCCGACACGCUGGUGGCUUGGGUGCAGGCGCCGAUAUUGGGGUGGGUGGCAAAGAUGAUUCAAAGGAGGAGGUUGUGAAGAGUGCAGAUCUAUUGGUCACAUACGCAACAAAGCGGACGCCUGCUAUGCACGUCCAGUUUACUCCUCGAAAUCUUUGUUUGAUGGCUGGCCCCUAUGUUCCCGAGUCUUUAUGA